UUGAUAUUAUCACCGAGGUAUCUUUUUGUAUUUUUCUGCCGGGGAUGGGCCAGAUUGGGAAGGGCGGUACGAGGGUGAGACUUGGCGCUGGUGUUUUGGAACAUCAAAGAUGGACAGGGUUUUCGCGGAGGUCGCUCCUCGGAUAUCUCCACAACUACAGGUCGGGGAUCUUCCAAAAUCGAGAAGAUUGGUGCAUAUGGCUAGGUCACUUCACCUUACAAUUUGUAUGGCACUCUGGCCCGGGGUUGUGGUGUGGUAGGGGAGAACGGGGGAUAUUCCCACACAGGAGCUUCGAACAACGUCCGGUUCACGUUUGGCUGGAUAACUCCACCACCACACAGGGUAUGCGGUCGGCGAUGGGGUCAGAAUGCUCGUAUGAUCGAGGGCUUUUCGAUGGAUCUAUCGGCGGGUUCUUAUUCGAAAAAUCGAGCGAGUUCGUGGUGGAGCGGUUGUUGAGAGAGAUUUAUUUAUACUGUGAAUAA